AUGGUGUUCAUCAUGAUCAACGGCAACAUGCCGCCGGCGGUGGUCUUUGCGAUGAUCGCGCUGCAGGUGGCCCCAAUGAUUCUCCAAGGCACAUCGUUCACUAUCCGUUCGGAUCUUCUCAUGCUGUUCGUGGGACUCGGGUACCUCGCGUACACAGUGUAUUCGAAGCGGGUCAUCCUGCGCGAGCGCGGCAUCAGUGGGUUUCUCUCGUACUUAUUUGCGGGCUUGCAGUCGUCAGCCCGCGGGACAGCGGUCCAAGACGAGCCUAUGUACCAGGAGCACAACGAGCAGUACAACCGCAUGCUGAAGACGAUUUCCCGCUUGCCCACGGAAGAGUUCAAGGCUCCAUCGACUUGUUCAGUCCACGAAAUCAAGCAACGUCUGGUCCUCCGCGGCGUUGCCCAUGCCCAGGUCAUCGAAAAAGAGGAGCUCGUGCGUCUCCUCCACAACUUUCGCGGCGGCCCCACCGCCUCCUGCUGCAUCUGCUGCGAAGACUACGCGGCCGGCGACGUGCUGCGCAUUCUGUCGAAAUGCAAACACGACUUCCACCUCGAGUGCCUCGAUAAGUGGGCGCUCACACUAGCCAACUCGACCCGCGCGCCGUCGUGUCCGCUGUGCAACCAAGAACUGUAAUCAACACAUAUCUAUCUUUAUGUCGUCAAUGCAGAGGUUGUUCGGGCACUGUCCAAGUCGGCAUAGCACUUCUUCUCCAGCGCCAAAAGCGCCAGCUCGAUGCGCCGCGUGAUGGCCGAGUACAGCUUCUUCUCGGCCGCGUCGCUUUCCCACGUGAACCCGUCGCCCUAGGCCAUGUCGUAAGAAAUAUAUAGGUCGAUGGGAAUAGAAAUUGGGGGGUCGUCUCACUUGGACGCC